AUGCUAUUUGAAUCAACCCUGGGCAUGCUGAGCCCGGAACCUCCUCCUGAUAACGAACCCGUCAGACGGCCCGUGGAGAGGAUCAAGAAGACGUUGCGGAAAUACACGAGCAAACUCCAACUCCGCCGAGCCUCUGCCAGCACGGACGAACCAGCCUGGGACUCCGUGUUUGCAGACGAUGCCUCGGACCCCCCAAGAUACAGCCGGUUGCGCAUGCUGGAUGAUUACAGGUGGCCCGUCUGCGAGCCCCUCGAGGUCCUGGUGCUCAGCAACGAGCACUCGUCCACGCCGAGACGCUUCAGCUGCCAAGUGAUGACGAUACCAACCCGUGCUGCCGCUGCAGCGUCCUCCUCCCUGUCCUCCUCUUGCCUCGACGACAGGGAAGAAAGUCUUGACAGGCUCAUCACCUUGCCUUGCGGCCACAUCUACCACCCGGCCUGCCUGCAGAGCGAGCUGCGACGACACGCCUAUGCCCGCUGCCCGCGUUGCCAGCACACAUUACACUAUCGACUGUGCCACCACCGGGUGCACAUUCCAUAUUUCGCGCCGGGAACCGCGAUCCAUCCAGACGAGCUAGACGGCGCAUGCCGAUGCUGCGCACCUUUUCCUUUUAUGCAGCACGUCAUGGCAGAAAGGGGAGAAGGCGCUCAAAGUGGUGACGGGAUGCUCAGUGCGAUCCUUUCUUCAACAACCACCAAAGACAAGGAUCAUGGGCACAAUAAUAACAACAACAACAACGGCCACAAAGGGCAACAGCCAUCAGCCGACGUCGGCGGCUUCUCCGUCUCCAAGGACGAGGACGCCGGCGCCGCCGACUUUGGCUGGCACUGGUGGGCGCUGAGCGUGUUCGAGGGCGGCGCCGAGCGGUUCCUGGCGGAGCGGGCGGCACUGCAACGGCGGCUGCUGAGGGUGUGCGCCGGGGGCCACGAGCGGGAAAGGCGAGUCGCCGUACUAAUCCUCGACACACUCUGGUUGGUAUACGCGCACUUGCGGGCGCACAAGGGCCUCGAAUGGCCGCACGCGCUGCGUCUCGUCGGCCCCAUUGCCUACGAGGAGGCCGCCGCCUCGUGCUGCAGGACAGCCGAGCAGCGUGGCGUUGACGUUUGGGCCGGCCUGUUGGAUAUGAUGGUUGAGCGAAUGCACUUUCUGCCACACAAGGCAUUCCACCUCCGCGGCGCCACGCUGUGGCAGCCCUACGAGCUCAUACCCUUUCAACCCUAUUAUCCCAUGGUGGAAGACUUGACAGAUGGCGCUGUCUGA